AUGAGUAGGAAGCAUUCUGCGGCACCCUUGCCAGUUAGUCAGCUAGACCCUGUCGAGCAGUCGAAGGCAAAAUUCGGAGAAUUCCUAGACACUUGCUUGCCAGUUGUCAAUUCAAAGGAAAUCUCGAAUACUACCAGUGUUCUAUUGAGCCAAAGUGUUCGUCGCAUGGUUUUAUCUUUUACGGAACCGAGCAACGUUGCAGCCGAUAACAAUAUCCAAGAGUCUAUUCGAAAGUACUUUAAGGAUAAAAAUGCGAUUACUAUUCCAUCCAUCCAUAAUGUUCAAAGUCUUUUAUUUCUGAGUCUCUUCAUUGACGAACCUGGCUCUGGGGCAGGAAAUAAGCUGAUGACGGCUAUAAGAAUGGCAUGUUCGAUGCAUUGGAACCGUCCCCCGGAGCAGGCGGACGAAGACCGAACCACGGUCAAUUACUUGUGGUGGGCCCUUGUAUCUAAGGAUAUCUGGCUAUACCUGGCCUCCGGCGUGCCACCCAUAAUUAAUUACAUGGGAUUCAAUGUACCAAAGCCCCAGGGCGCCCCGAGCUUCUUUUCAGCAUUCAUCGGGAUAUCUGAGGUCAUGCGGCUGUUAAUUCGCCCGGACUCUACUGGUGUUUAUGUAGAGGGAACAGCACUAGAAGCUCUAGCGGCUUGGGAAAGAUUCUAUUUCGCCGAAAUCUAUCCGUCAACCUCACCGAAUUCUUAUACCCAUCCGUUCGACCCACCGGCCUUCUUGAGGCUGCUGCAUUCUGUCGUCCUAUCACUUUUCGUUCUCCAAGACCCCCUAGGCUUUUCAGUUAAGUACUUUGCACUCCGCCAACAAGGCACAAUGAUGGACGAUCCGAUUGGGCAGGCCCCCUCGACUGGAUAUGGCAUGGGGCAGCUGCAACAUGCAUAUAACCAGCCUUAUCCAACUUCUGCGGGCUCCUCGUACUUUGGGUACCCGAGCGAGGAAAUUCUUAAAGUGCUAUCUAGGACCUUGAGUCUGCACAUGACUCAUCCUGUCUUGUUUGAUAGGUGGAGAUAUCUGCAACGUUUCUCAGAGAUAGUAGUACUAGCUAUCCUUAGACUGACGCACGGCUGCGUGCGCGGGGACACCAUUAUAUUCAAUGAACAGAACUCCCUGAUCCCGAAUUGGCGGACCAGGUGCAUGAUAAAAGACGAAAGGUGGGCCAAGAUCCUGUCUUUGGUUGGCGAGGAUCAGGGAUGGGGCGUGGUGCUGGAUUUAUGUAGAGAUUUCGAGGAAGACUCAGAAGAGACAGACUCUGGUGAAGGCUGA